CGUCACUAGUCCAAUCAGCCACCCAUGGACAGACGAUUAAUUACUCACCUUACAUCCAUCCAUCCAUCCCAGCCAGACAUACAGUCAGUAGUACCAAUCACUCUUUCGGUCACGGAUAUUCUCGUCCACAUCUCGUUCGUUCAGAUCAUUCCUCGUAUUUCUCGGGCUCAAGCUUCUUCAGAUCUGACGCACGCACGGAUGGGCGAGCCAGCCAACGCACACACAUCUCAUCUAUCUGUUUGUCAGUCGGUCUGCUGUGUCUCUCUCUGUGUCUGGGCACCGACCUUCUGCCGUCAUGUGGCUGCUGAGGCGCUCCAACUCGGGAUUGAUAAGCGGGGGAGACUGGUUACGUCACCAACACACGCACACAGACAGAGAGAACCAAGGGCGAGUGUCUAUCCUGACUGUGGCUCCUUUGCUCGUCCGUCCUCAGUGCUCACUCACCGGCAGCCGUCCAGACCUCCUCUCUGCUCUCGGUGGGGCUGGAGCUGGGGCGGGAGAGGCCUCCCCAGCACCGCCUGCAUCACCAGCCCCCCCUGGGAACAGCUGCUGAAACGACAGACUCGACACGCCGCUCCCAGGCGAGCCACCGCUCGCACCCAAUGGCGGCUCGGGGACACGCAGCCUAGGGGCGGGCGAGAAGGGCCGCAUGGUGGCCAUCAUGCCGCUCUUGGCCGAAAGAUAUCCCCCUGGGCCCGGCACCUCGGCCAUGGACGACGGCAUGGACGGCUGGGAGACGGUGGUGGCGCCUGAGACGCUGAGGCCGACGGUGGUGGUGGUGGUGGUUCCGGCCGACGACACGCCCGUCGUGGGCAUCCCUCCUUCGUGCAUAUCCCUGUAGACAUUGAGGAAUGCCGUCCCCGAGAAGCCCCGCCUGGGGGUGCCGCUCUCAGCGGCAGCUGCCGGCAGACUGGUCGACCGGGGGAUAGGGGCCACAUCGGGCUGCGACGCAGCUAUGGGGCUUGCCACCUCCUUGGGACUCGAUGACGCAUCCUUGGUCGACCGUAUGCGGCCCGGCCGGGCGGGAGGUGGGGGUGGGGGCGGUGGGAGGGUGGUCGGAGAGAUGUACCGGGGCUGGCGCAGGGGCUGCGCCACGGGCAUGUCGGGGAGCAGCUGAUAGGUGUCUACUCCUCCCGCGCUCUGCUUGGACGGCCUGGACGGGUGGAAGCGCCUGCUGGUUCGACGGGUGUCGCCGUGCGGCCGCUUGAAGCCGCCGUCGCCGUCAUCCUCCAUCGCCACAGUGUCAAUAGACUCCAGGGACGCCCCGGCGCCCCCCACAUCGACCGACGGCAGGGAGGUCUGUGAUGAAGACGGAAGAGCACCUGUGUUUUAUGUGCAGAAGGACAGACAGCAUGAGUGCACGCAUUCGGUUGUGGGACGGUCUUCCCUCCGUCCCUCAUUGACAAACAGACUGACAGACUGACUUGCUUGCAUCAUGGUGGUGCUCGUGAGCGAUCCGUAGGGCGUGGACGUGAGGGCGCUGGAUGUGCGCGACAGGCUGGGAGGGGGAGGCGGCGGCGCCCACAACGGACGACCGGUCGCCGACGUCAGGGGCAGAGGCAGCCCACGCGACGGCCCCCUCACGGACGGAUGCAGACUCCCGGACAGAACGUGACCCAUCGUGUCUGGCACCACUGGUUGGUUGAUCAAUCCACCCACCCACCGACACACACAAUACAUACAGCACCAAAACACGCACCAAUUCCAAUGCGCCCAUCCAUUGCUCCCUCCCUACUCUUCCGUGUGUACCUGUUCGUAUAGCCUGGUCGCUGCGGCUUCUUUCCUCUUCCCGUUGCCUCUCCGCCACCACCCGGGCGAUGGUCUCGGGGGAGGGCGUGAUGGGCAGCGAAACCGCCACCAGAGGGACGUCUCUGCCCAGGUUAGGAGGCCCAGGCUCCACAAACCCGCCCCCUGCAGCCGUCCUGGGGUGCCUGCUGGGCGGGGGCGGGGGCGGCUGAAUGAAUCGCGGUCGCCUCAAGUCCUCAAUGCUGGGCAGACGGGGCAUCAUGAUCGACCCGUAAGCCUCGCCGGCCUCCGGGAGCUCGUGCAGACUGCUGGGCCUCGCCUGGCCGUGAGCGAGAGACAUGGCGGGAGGGGGAGGAGGGGGAGGGGCCGGGCCAGACGGGAGGGACGCGAUGGUCGGUGAAGGGCCGGCGGAUAGGGGGGGCUGGGCUGGCCUCGGAGGCGCGAAGAGCGCGCGAGCUCUGACGCGUUUGGAUGGGCGCUGCCUCCUCCUGACGGAGGGUUCUGAUGGUGCGUGCUGAGCGGCGGGUGUGGCGGCGGUGAUGAUGACUUGUGGGGGCGGGAAGUCGGGAGCCGGGGGGGACAAGGGCUCCUCCUCUUCUUCUUCCUCCCCCUCUUCGAUGGCAUGAGGCACUGAUGGUGGUGGUGGCUGCAGUGCACACACACACACACACACACACCCGGUUGUCGUGUAUCUCUGUGGGUUGCAUAUCUCUCACUCACCGGCUGUUCUGGUUCCUCCCCUGUGGUAGUGGUCUCCUCCGCGACGCCCAGCAGCCGCCCGGCAAUCUCGUUGUUGCUGCUCUCCAGCGGCAGAGAGCUGAACCCAGACACAGGCGACUCACUCACCGACAGCGACGACGUCGUCUCAACCUCCCUGCCCCUCAGCUGCCGGGGCGGCUCCACCCUCUUGUGCUGUGGCGGGGGCGCCACACGCCCGAGGGCCGGCGCCUCGGGAGAAGUCUGUGUCUGCGCGUCCGCGAACCCCUCGCCCGUCGCCUCUGGCUCCCGUGCGGUGGGUCUGGGUGUUGUGAGCGUCUCGAAGCUGCUGGCUGAUAAUGAUUCGGCGACGUGCUCGGGGUGGAGCCGCUGCAUGGUGGCGGCGAGGGCCAUUGGCGGCCGGGCACGCGCAUGGACGGGGGCGCCGCCGGGCGGGAAGGGGGGAGGGUGGAUUGAGAGGACGCUGCGAGAUAAGUCGCCGGGUGGCGAGGGGAAUGCAAAUGGGGAUGAGGUGGCCAUGCGGUCGGUGCCCAGGUCGGAUGUGGAUGCGGCAGCGAACUCGGCCGAGACGGGGAUGUGUGGGAUGGAUGGGAUGGAUGGGGGGAUGGGUGGGAGAGGCGGAUAGGGCGAUGGGAUGGGCGGCGGGUGUGGUGGUGUCAAUACGACCGCAGAGGUCGGGCGAGCGGAGGGAACUGACGGCAGUGGAGGGGGCGGGGGCGGGUAUCGUGGAGCGGGGACAGAGGGCGGCGCCUUGCCGGACACAAAGAAGCUCUGCUUCGGACGCAGCUCCUCCACACCUGAGCGAGCGAGCGAGGCAGCGGGCAGCCAUCCGCACUGGUAUGUCAGGCUUCUUGUGUUGUAAAUAACACGUAGGUACCGUGUGCAUGUCUGCAGAAUUGUCCUCUCUUGCAGGUGCCUCUUUUCCAGAAGACGCACAGCGAUGUCUUGUAGAAGUCAUCGGUCGACCGCAGCUCGUCCUCACCUGCACAGUCCACACGCAGUCCAUGCAUACGCGCCAAGGUCAAUUGCUUCGUGCCAAUCAGUCAGUCCCAUUGCUUUCCAUCUGUCCGUAUUUACCGUGUGCAAAAGCACAGUGUGGGUCUAAGCAUUCGCCCUUCUGGAAGUUCUCACACAGCCGGGUCUGUGUCGCGCCCACACCACAGCACAGCACAGCCAUCGAUCCAGACACGCGUGGGAACAUGUGCUGUUUCUGUCUGUCUGUCUGUCUGUCUGUCUCUGUCUUAUCAUCUCUGCAGUGACUGACAGACCUUGGUAAGGUCGGGUCUGGUUCGAACUUCGCUCUCGGAGUGGGCGUACCGGCAACUCUCACCCCUGGUGCACUCUCCCUGACCAGAAAGAGAGAAAGACACACAAAGCGAGCAGGAAUGAGGUCAUGAGACGCUGGCGGCUGGCUGUCCACAUGAGUACAUCAAGUGACUGACGCUCACCUGUUGCCAGAAUCUGAUGAAAAGACAAAAGCACAGACAGCAGAAAAAAGAAACACAGGCAAACGAAUGAACGAACGAGGAGUGAACAUCUUUCCUUCUCGUGUGAGUGUCUUUGUGACUGACUGACUGACUGACUGGGUGUGACUGACUGACUGGGUCACAUACACACACAUAUAUGUACAUACAUACAUACACGUGUACAUACUUGCAGAUUCUGGUUUUGUAGAAUUGUGAGGCGGCAGCACUGGACGAGGCUGGGUGGGCCGAGGCCUCUCCA